AUGGCUCAUUACUCUUCCCAACCGCCCCCUCUCCCUAAGAUCGAGGCGUCGCAGUCGGUCUCCAUACCCAAAAAUGCUCAACGGGCACGGCGAGAGAUACCAACCCUGCAAGCUGUAGAGGAGCCUGAGACGCAGAAUUUGCCCACUCUGUGCUCUAGUGAGGACACUUUACUUAGGCUUGGCCACCUUCUUCAAUCCUUCCAUUGUGGCAGAGUCCCGAUUGAUCUGCUUACUCGAGCCUGCGAGCCAAAGAUGACUUGGUCAUCAGCAGGCGAGGUUGUUGAGAAACAUCCUGGGGAGGGAGAAGUUCCCGAAUGGCUUGUGGACUUCUACCAAGCCAACAAACCCUGGCUUCGGGAUCUGGGACAGGAACCGCCCAACAGAAUCUUCAAGAUUAUAUCGGACAACAACAUUCGCUACUUACAGGCGAGAGGCGACGGGUCCCCGAUCUCUGGACACGAGCAACAUUCACCACUCGUUAAUGAACGCAAGUUGGCACAUGUCCGUAUCGCCAUGGCCUUGCAUGCGUUCCCAUCCAUCAACUCUGAGAUAAUCGGCGAGGAAAUUGUCGAUAGGCUAAUGGACACGGCAAAGACCUCCGUCCUACCAUUGCUCUCAUCUCUCACGGAGGCUGACAUACAAGAUUGGUUACUGCCAGAACGUCUAGACGAGAGAGAACAGUUUUUAUAUUCUUUGUUCGAAUUCACAUAUCAAGCCAUCCACGCGCUAGGGGUUGACCACCCUUCCAUUCCACUUGGUUUACCAAGACGGAUAUUGAAGGUCAUAUCUGGAAGUACCCUCGAGAAUUCCAUCAUUCUGUACAAGGUGAUGGCAGAAGCCUUGGGUACACUUUCAUUCCAAGUUUCCAGACCGCAACUGCUUAAUAUGCUACACACUUUGGCUCAUACGGACAUUAGAACCAAUGCCAUGAUUCUAUACACUUUAUCAAUGCUACUGCCGGACGACACCAUAUUAGCUGGCACUGGAGCAGUAACCGAGCGUCUCAGCAACGCCUUGCCCAACUGGCGUGCAUUGUCACCAACAGAUCGAUCCACAAUGGAGUUUUUAACAGAGACGCACAGGCAUUGUACGGCUUCCAGCUUUCGCAACAUAAGCAAUAUGACAAAGCUAUCAUGUUCUUGA